UACGUGUGUGCGUGCGUGCGUGCGUGUGAGAGGAGCCGCAGCAGCCGCGCGCGGACGGUUCGCUCUCGCCCGUUAGCGCCAGUGCCGCCGCCGACGCCGUCGCUGACGCCUCUUACCCCUCCGCGCCUCGCGCCCCGCUUGCCACCGCCAUGUCCCGUUACCUGCGCCCGCCCAACACGUCCCUGUUCGUGAGGAAUGUGGCCGACGACACCAGGUGUGUGUCUGAAGACUUGCGUCGGGAAUUUGGUCGUUAUGGUCCCAUAGUUGAUGUAUAUGUGCCACUUGAUUUCUACACUCGUCGUCCAAGAGGAUUUGCUUACGUUCAAUUUGAAGAUGUUCGUGAUGCUGAAGAUGCUCUGCAUAAUUUGGACCGAAAGUGGAUUUGUGGGCGUCAGAUUGAAAUCCAGUUUGCACAAGGGGACCGCAAAACACCAAAUCAAAUGAAAGCCAAGGAAGGGAGAAAUGUGUACAGCUCUUCUCGCUAUGAUGAUUAUGACAGAUACAGGCGAUCCAGAAGCCGAAGUUAUGAAAGGAGGAGGUCUAGGAGUCGUUCAUUUGAUUACAACUACAGAAGAUCUUAUAGUCCUAGAAACAGUAGACCUACUGGAAGACCACGCCGUAGCAGAAGCCAUUCAGACAAUGAUAGAUUCAAACACCGAAACCGGUCUUUUUCGAGGUCUAAAUCCAAUUCAAGAUCACGAUCCAAGUCCCAGCCCAAGAAAGAAAUGAAGGCUAAGUCACGUUCUAGGUCUGCAUCUCACACCAAAACUAGAGGCACUUCUAAAACAGAUUCCAAAACACAUUAUAAGUCAGGCUCAAGAUACGAAAAGGAAUCAAGGAAAAAAGAACCAGCCAGAUCCAAAUCCCAGUCAAGAUCACAGUCUAGGUCUAGGUCAAAGUCUAGAUCGAGGUCCUGGACUAGUCCAAAGUCCAGUGGCCACUAAUGGCAUAACCAUAAUGUUUUUAGGCAUGUAUCAUUCAUUUACUCAUAGUUCAGUUUACUAAAUUAUCAGGAAUACAAUGUUGCAACAGUGCUUUAAAAAAAAAGACAAAAAAAACCACACACACAUCCCCAAACUUUUACUUUUGUCAGUUUUCCCUGUAGCAAGCAAUGGUUAUUAUAAUUAAAAUGAUAUACUGUUGAGAAGCCACUCUUAAGAGUCCAGUUUGUUAAAUGUCAUGGGCAGCUACCAAUUCAAUUGUGGUGUCUCUGUAUAUUUUUGUAAAGAUUCUCUUUUUUUAUGCUUGAAAUAUUGAUAAAAAGUUGUUAGUUGACCAUAAUUUGCAACAUUGUCCUAUUAGAAAUAAAGUUCAUAUCCAUGAAGAAAAAUGGUAUCAAUUUGAUAGAACAACUGUUUAAGCUAGAAAGUUAGGUUGUUCCUUAAAACUUUGUGAUAACGAAAUGGAAAACUAGCCACAGUAUAACACUGGCUGCUGUGGCAUUUCAGGUUUACGGUGGAUCUUGGUGAGGGGGGGGGUGGAGGGAAAGAUGCAUUCUUCACACUUCUGUGGGCUAUAACAUUCAUUGGUACAUGGAGCGGUGUGGUAUUAAGGUUUUCUUGUUAGCCAGACCAUCUCGGGUAGAUGGUUCACACAGAAGAGAUGGGUGGGGAGUCUUCAGGGAAAUUGAGUGAUUAGUCUUUUUGACUAGAGCAGAGACUACUUUUGUCUGGUUUCUGAAUAUUUUGAGAAAUGAAAACAUCUGUAAUGUUAGCUAAAAUUUGAGGUCAUAAUAGAAAUAUUUUUAGGAAAAAUGCGUGCUGUUUUGUAGCUAUUCUGAAUUUUAGAGAGCUGUUAACCAUAAUAUUGCUUAGUUUUCUUACUACUAUUAGAGGCAAGUAAAUUGUUUCAAAGUAGGUUUUGUUUGUGUGUGUGUAUGUGUGCAUAGUGUAUAAGAAUUCAAUUUUGAUGCCAAUGAUGUUCAGUUGUGUUCAUUUGUAUCAGAGUCUGCCUACCUCUUCCCGAGGGAGACUUUCCUUUCCUUUACACUACAGUUUAUUUAGUGAGGUGAGUUUCACUGAUAAUACCCCUAUGACCGAAUGACAUUUCGGUGCCAUAAAAUGGAAAAUAAUUUGAGGCAAAGAAGGCUUUAGAUUUAAGCAAGAGCUGCAUCUCUGGGUUUUUAGUUGAUUUUUAGUUGAUCUUACAUGCAGUACUUAGCUAAACAAAUGUGAAAAUAGUAGCAGACCAUUAUGUGAUUGCAAGUAUUUCUCUGAAUGACAAGUUGUUUUGUUUUUUUCAAACAGAAGUGGCUUUUGACAAGGUCCAACCUCAUUUCAGUUAUAAGAGCUAGGAUCAGUACACCUUGGAAUGCUUGUUAAAUAUAAGCUUAGAGAUGUUGGGGAAAAGUUUCCUUUUAGAGACCUACUUCAUUCUAUCUUGGUUUUAGCUAUCUAGACCGGGCCUGUAAAGAAACAAAAGAUGGUUUUAAAAUAUUGUUGUGGAACAUACCUAAGGGAUUGAUUCUAGAACCUUUGUAUAUUUGAUAAGUCUUUCUAACGUUUAUUUCUUUACUGUUUGCAGUUAAUGUUCAUGUUCUGCUAUGCAAUCAUUUAUAUGCACGUUUCUUUAAUUUUGUAGACUUUCCUGGAUGUAUAGUUUCAAAACAACAAAAAGUCUAUUUAAAACUGUAGAAGUAGCUGGCAGUUCUAGCAAAGAGGAAAGUUGUGGGGGUUAAACUUUGUAUUUUCUUUCUUAUAGAAGCUUCUAAAAAGGUAUUUUUAUAUGUUCUUUUUAACAAAUAUUGUGUACAACCUUUAAAACAUCAAUGUUUGGAUCAAAACAAAAAGACCCAGCUUAUUUUCUGCUUGCUGUAAAUUAAGCAAACAUGCUAUAAUAAAAACAAAAUGAAGGACA